UAUUUCCACUCUGCCACAGGACCCCUGGAGGUUCCAUUACCAAACUAUCCCAGCACCUACUGGUCUUUUUCUUGAAUUCGUUGCAUCUAAAUAUUCCCGUGUGCUCGAGCCUGCUGACUGCGGUGCACCCUCAGAGAUACACCAAUUUGCGCGAGCCAACUUCGUGAUCACCAUCGCGGUCGUUUAAUAUCGACGGCCUUGAUUGUGGAGAACAGAGACUUUUGGGGUGCCGCCGCUACAUGUUAUCAAGGUCUCCUCAAAGCCCUGGCUUUGGGAAGUGGCGCACGUUAGUGCAAGCCCCUACCGGCGCUUGAAAAUUCGGAAAGAGGGGAUAACAGCUUCAAUCUCUGAACUUUCAUUGGCGAAGAGUUCAAAUUCCGAAUCGGGAACGACAAACUCAAUUCAAUUAAGUGAAGUAUUUUCAUCAGGGACAGUUUUAACUGCAGAUGGGAUCUGGAGAUGGAGCCGCACAAAUGAACCUCUUGGAGAGAGGCCUAUUGUCCAAACCUGGUUCUCAUGAUGAAGAUACUGGAGCUGAAGAUGAAACAGUCCUGUAUACAGCCUCUUUCAAAGAGAUGGAAGAUAAUUUUAUGAAGUAUCAAACAGCUCAAUGGGUUCUAUACUCGUUGCUUCUAAUUUUAGCUUGGGGAAUUGGAUUGUUCAUGUUACUUUAUCUACCAGUACGUAGACAUAUAUUGCGGAAGGAUAUUCGGUCGAGAAGGCUAUAUGUCACACCUAAUGCCAUAGUCUACAAGUAUAGAAAACCAGUACCAUUCCCAUGUUUUGGAGUACUGAAGAAAGAGAAGCACGUUCUAUUGCCUUCAGUUGCUGAUGUUGUAAUUGAACAAGGAUAUUUGCAGUCCCUUUUUGGUGUAUACUCCAUUAGAAUUGAGAAUGAGGGUGUGAGAAGGCCACCAAGUGAUGAUGUUCAAAUUCAAGGAGUUGCAUAUCCAGGUGCUUUUAGGAAGGCUGUUCUAGCACGACUUUCAGAUAUAAGAAGUGAUGUUCUCUCCAGGCAAGUUUCUGCAAUUGAAGAUGUUCCAAGUUUGAGGAUAGGUCGUUCAUCUACUGCAUGGAUGUCACCAUCAAAAUCUCUUAGACAUGACUCUUUUCCUCCUUCAGGGGAGCUUAUGAUCUUACAAAAACUAGAGGAGGUUGGAAGCUCUGUAAAGAGAGUUCAAACUUUAAUUGAGGAGCAACACUCUCAAACGUCACAAUCUAUAUAUUGAGGAUAUGAAGUGAGGCAUUGUAUUGGAUGUAUCAAUUUUGAAGCUAUGCGUGUUUGGAUGCCCUUUAGGAGCUAUCACUUGUGGAGUACUAAAACAUUACUUCAUCAAAUUUGAGUGAGGUAUCUUUGCUGUCACCUCUGUGAAUUAGUUUUCAGGCCAUCAAUUAGUUCCAGAGAAGACACAGGUGUCAUCAGUAACCCCAUUUGAUUUUUAAUUUGUAUUUCCAUGAUUCACAAAUAGGGAAAAUAUCUUUUCCAUGUAUUCAUUGAGCUGGAUUAUCCCCUCUUGUUGCCUGUGCUUGCGCAUUUUUAUUUUUAUUUGUUUAAUUAUGGCUACUGGAGAUUGUCUUGUUGUUUUGUAAGUAAUGUUCAAUAUGUUGGGAAAAUUGAAACUCUGCUGAUGAGAUUGUUGCUGGAGAGUGGUUUUCUUUAAAACUUUUAUCUCCUAA